AUGUUGCCACUCACCAAGGCAUGGUCGUUGAUAGUGGUCCUGGCAGCAGCAGCAGUUGUACCCAGAGGUGCUUUUGCGCAGACGUCCAAUGUGACAUGCGUGGCUGGCUUUGACUGGAUGAACAACAGCAUCUCGCAGAACCCUUGCACAGUUGCUUCCUACCUCGAGAGCGUCUGCUGGGGUGGAGAUUUUACAAUCAGUCCUUUACCUGUCGAUACCCAUUAUGCAGCCCCUACAACCGCUGAAGCCAACUCUUGCGAAUGCAGUUCAGUGACCUACUCGUUGAUUAGCGCUUGCGGCGAUUGUCAGAACCGAACGUAUCUAACCUGGGCUUCCUGGAGCUACAAUUGCUCUGUGAUAUACCCCCAAGUAUAUCCAAUGAACAUUCCCAGUGGUACCUUAGUUCCACAGUGGGCUUACCUUAACGUGACCAAUGGGUUCGACCCCGUCGCAGCGCAAAGUGUUGGAGACCUCCCAGAAUCUACUGCAACCAAAGUACAAUCCACUGGCACAGUGACUUAUUCGACCAGCGUGUCUGCUUCUGCGACCGGUAUUUCGGCCGCGGCAGGAUCUUCAACGACAACAUCAUCACCAACCGCUUCGAAAAGUUCAAACGUCGGAGCUAUAGCUGGAGGUGUUGUUGGCGGAAUUGUGGGAGCUGCAGCCAUCAUAGGCUUUGCGACGUGGCUCUUUGUCAAACGCCGUCGCUCCUCCACAGCGCCAUCGGCCGCUUUCAGCGACAUUGGCGGAGGUCCGGGCUAUACCCACAGUGUUUACUCCGCUAAUCCUAGUCCAUUCCCAAUGCAACCUCAAAUGACGCAGCAACAGCGUCUCUACGACCCCUCUGACCCGACCACUUUCCCGGGUUCCCCUCCCUCUCCCACCCUCCAAACCACCGGAUCGAGCAACAUAUACCACAACCCAUCGAUACCCUCAGCCUUUUCCCAACAGCCGCGUCCUGGGCAGUACAGUGGUACUCCGGAGAUUUGAAUGCGAGCUCGAGGCUGAUUGACGAUCUGUGACCGGUGACCAUUGGAUAUGAUUCCUUCCUCUCUGAUAAUCUGACAUUACAGUUACAAUUGUAUAUCCGUAGCUGCGUGUUCGUCCAUUAUUUGUUGGAUCAGUGCUUAUUAUUGUUAUAACGAGCUUUUCAAA